AUGCAGUCACUCCGCCGGACAGCAGUGGCUGCUGCCCGCACGAGCCGAACUCCGCUGUCGCGCCAAUCGCGCCGCUACGCCCACGACGAAGCUCAUGGCCACGCAAGCCCGGCCGUCGACGAGCCCAUGGGUUGGGGUUUCUGGGGCACAAUCGGCGUUAUCCCCGCAGGCCUGGCCCUAUACAGCAUCUCGCGCACCGACGGCGAUGACAGCAAGCCGUACUUUACCCGUUUGAUUUCCGAUGCGACAACCGGAUUGCACGACAAGUGGACUGCGCAGAACGAUCUGCACGUGAGGAUGAUUGAGCAAGCGGGCGAGGACCGAGUGCUGUUUCUGAACACGAAGCCGCAGGAGCACGUUGAGAUGAAGUUUCCAGAGAUUAUGAAUGUUGGAUCUCCGUACAACGUUCCUGCUGGAAGCCAGGUCCAAAUGGACAAGGUGAUUGAAAAGUACAAGAAACUGGCUUAUGAAGACAAUGAGCGGAAGCUGGAGAAGCUGAGGAACAACGACAUCUCGUCAGAGAAGCCAUUCGAGGGCAAGACGCGCGUGAAGAAGGCCCCCGAUAUAGUUUUUUUUACAGGAAGUGUACAUAGUCGGGGAAAAUUGAUAUCCGCCUUUCACUUGCGAUGCGCUUUUCAUGCUGACUUGUGUCACAAAGAUUCUGUUCCUUAUCUGCCCGAACUCAAUUUCAGCCGCGUUCUCCAGAGAAAUGACAUGAACGGUUCAGCUUGGCCUGACGACGCUCUUCGCACUGCGAACGCAACCCCCAUACGCUCCAAGUCCCCGGCUGUCAUGCCCUCGUAUACGUCACCUCGCAACGUCUCAGGUCCCUUCGCCGUAGACAAGGCCCCAAUGGCUACCGACGAGAACAACUCCUGGGCCCGCCCAAAUCACCACAGCACGCCAAACUCAAAGACAUCGCAGUACAUUGACAAGAUCACCCAAGAAAACGACCGCCUGCGGCGAGAACUACUUGCCGAGAAGUUGGCCAGAGAAGAUGAAGCCAAGCGCGUAUCUGCCGCCCAAACCAGAGCCGAAGACUCGCGUGCCGAGUACCAGCACCUCCAAGUCCUUGCUGACACAAACGCGCGCGCCAUAGAGCGGAAGGACCGGAAGCUGGAAGAGCUCAGGGCCACGCUCGACACCGAGAUCCGCCGGCGCAAGAUGGCAGAGCAGAGAGCCGAGGAAGCCCUCAAGAUGCUGGGCGACACUAGGUCAGAGACGCAGCGACAGCUGGCACAGGCGUACGAAAUGAAGGGUCUGGCAGACACCAACCUCGAGACGGCACGCGACGGCUUCAAGCGCAUCAGCGACGGCUACGAGAACAAGGUCCGCCUCAUCAACCAGGAACUGAACGAGCUGCGACGCAAGCGACUAGAAGACGCCGAUAAGAUCAAGCGCCAGGCUAUCAUAAGCGAUCAGCUACAACACGAGUCAUCCCGCUCCACCCGAACCGAGGCCAAGCUCACCAACCUCAUGGAAGCAUACAAGAAGGAGCACCGCAAGGAAAUGGACGCCCUUAUCGCCGAAGCAGAGAGGCUGCGACGCGCGUUGCCAGAAAAGGAGCGCGAGGCUCAGAAGCUGGUAGACGCCAUGGUCGAGACGCGCGACAAAAUGCGGUGGGUCAUGACACAGCAUGAGCGCCAGACAGCCAGUCAGUCUUAA